GUGACGUUGAGCCGGCCCACGGCAACAGACACUCGCACCCUCAGUCGCGCGCUCCAACCCGCUGUUUCCUCCUGCAGCCCGCCCUGAAGAUGGCGGCUCUCAAACUCCUCUCCUUUGGACCGCGGCUCUGCGCCUCCGCCCGAAGCCCCUGGGCCAAGGGUUGUGUUUGCUACUUUUCCACCAGUAGUCAUCGCCAUACCAGAUUUUACACAGAUGCAGUAGAAGCUGUGAAAGACAUCCCUGAUGGAGCAACAGUUCUGGUUGGUGGCUUUGGGCUCUGUGGAAUUCCAGAGAAUCUUAUAGGAGCGUUACUGAAGACUGGAGUGAAAGGGUUAACCGCAGUCAGCAACAAUGCCGGGGUGGACAACUUUGGCCUGGGCCUCUUGCUGCGAUCUAGGCAGAUAAAACGCAUGAUCGCUUCCUACGUGGGAGAGAAUGCCGAAUUUGAGCGGCAGUUCUUGACCGGUGAAUUAGAAGUGGAGUUGACGCCUCAGGGCACGCUUGCAGAGAGGAUUCGGGCAGGAGGGGCUGGAGUUCCUGCCUUUUACACCAGCACAGGGUACGGAACCCUGGUCCAGGAAGGAGGGUCCCCCAUCAAGUACAACAAAGACGGCAGUAUCGACAUUUUCAGCCAACCGCGAGAGGUGAGAGAGUUUAACGGCCAGCACUUCAUUCUGGAAGAGGCUAUUACGGGGGAUUUUGCUUUGGUGAAGGCCUGGAAGGCUGACCGAGAUGGAAAUGUCAUUUUCAGGAAAAGUGCAAGAAAUUUCAACCUGCCCAUGUGCAAAGCUGCAGAAACGACCGUGGUGGAGGUUGAAGAAAUUGUAGACACUGGAUCAUUUGCUCCAGAAGAUAUCCAUGUUCCUAAAAUUUAUGUGCAUCGCCUUAUAAAGGGAGAAAAAUAUGAGAAAAGAAUUGAGCGUGUAUCACUCCGGAAGGAAGAAGAUGAAAAAGCCAAACCUAAACAAGCUAAGGAUGAUGUGAGAGAGCGCAUCAUCCGGCGGGCAGCCCUGGAGUUCGAGGACGGCAUGUAUGCUAACCUGGGUAUAGGAAUCCCUCUUCUGGCCAGCAACUUUAUCAGCCCAAAUAUGACUGUUCAUCUUCAGACUGAAAAUGGAGUCCUGGGUUUGGGUCCAUAUCCAUUAAAACAUGAAGUUGAUGCAGAUCUAAUCAAUGCAGGCAAGGAAACAGUCACUGUUCUUCCAGGAGCCUCUUUUUUCUCCAGCGACGAAUCAUUUGCAAUGAUUAGAGGCGGCCAUAUCGAUCUAACCAUGCUAGGAGCAAUGCAAGUUUCCAAGUAUGGUGACCUGGCGAACUGGAUGAUCCCUGGGAAGAUGGUGAAAGGAAUGGGUGGUGCUAUGGAUUUGGUGUCCAGUGCCAAAACCAAAGUGGUGGUCACCAUGGAGCAUUCAGCAAAGGGAAAUGCACAUAAAAUCAUGGAGAAGUGUACCUUACCACUGACUGGAAAGCAAUGUGUCAACCGCAUCAUUACAGAAAAGGCUGUGUUUGACGUGGACAAGAAGAAGGGCCUAACUCUGAUCGAGCUCUGGGAAGGCCUGACAGUAGAGGACAUAAAGAAGAGCACUGGAUGUGAUUUUGCAGUGUCACCAAAACUCAUGCCAAUGCAGCAGAUCACAACUUGAAAUGUGGACAGACAUUUUGCCCAGCCUUCGUGUUGUUCAUUGUAAACCUGCCCAAUUAAAUUGAAAGAACCUCAGCAAUCAUGCUUGCGUAUUUAACGAGUAGUUUUCUUCUAGCAUCUCAAGCUUUCUACAGCCGUACUGAUGUUUCUUUCAAGUGUGUUACGAUAGUAUAAUGAAAAGCAAAAUAUGUGAUAAUCUUACCUGUUUUUUAGGUUCUGAAGGUUCCUUUUAUACUUGGUGCUUAUGUUGAAUGUAUCUGUGCCUUCUCUUAUAUAAGCUCAAUUUUAUUCAGGAUCCACCAAGAUGGGCCACAGGAAGAGUUUUGCCAACAUGCUUCUGUUUAUUCGUUUUGACUCUCUGGACUGAAAAACAAAUACAUCGACAGGCACCUGUGCAUCUUCUGAUCUGGAGAAGUGCGAUCUCCACAAUUGUUUUUCUCUCUGCCUCCUCUGGCAUUUCUUCUGGGCCCUCUGAUUUUGUGGAUCACAUGUUGUUUUGCUAGACUGUUUUCCUUCCUCCCACACUUUUCUAGCCAAGUAGAUACCCAGGAAAGCAAGCAGGAACAGCUACACAAAACAGAGGAGAAACAACUGUCUCAUGGAAGACCAAAUAUGGGAGAUAUUGGUGCCAAGAUCCUACCAAUAAGUCGCCUUUAUUAACAACUUUCUUCUGUACUUUGCCAAAGAAUAAGGCUUACUAUAGGAGGAGGAUUAGGAACCCAAUCUGUCUAUGCACUUUUCUCAUUCUUGUUGUUGUUACUGAGGCCUGUGGGCUACUUGUACAAUGCUUCCUCUUAAGUCAAUAAGGACUGUAAUUUUAUCAUGAACCAUACACACAAAUGCAACAGUGUUUU